AUGAUCUCAAACCACAGUCAUUCCAAGCCCAACGAGAUCUCCAACCAAUCGAUGCUGCCCGAGCAUGAAGAUGUUAUGGAUCACGAAAGUUCUACAGAAAAGGAUGAUGGUCCCGCAGCACAGGCUCCAGUUCUUCCAGUGAUGCCAGGAUCCAGCGUCAACAAGAAGGUGACAAAGGCCUCUUCUUCUGAAGAUAACAGUUGCGGUAUCAACUGCAGCGGUAGAUUUCUCGGAAAACACCGAUGUGUCUUUAGUAUUGGUAAUUCGUUAACCAUAAAAUGCUUGGACUUGUAUUGUGAGAUGUACAACAAAAUAAAUCACAAAACCAGUAAUGACUUCAACCGUCAUUUCAGAACCUCCCACCUUUCGUAUGACGUCAUACUUGAGAACAUGAUCCCCUGCCCAGUCCAAGGCUGUCGCAGAACCGGGGAAAGGGGGUUUACCCGUUACGAUAACCUCCUUCAACACCGGAGGAAUUUCCACAAGGAAAACAUCCCAAAAGUUCACGUUACGCCCAGGAUGAAGGCGCCAAAGCCUUACGCACGCAAGAAUGCCAACCCCAACGAUGCCGGGCCCUCAAACGCAAGCAACUAG